UGUGAGUCUUCAUCAGUUCAAGCGAAUAAAUCAAACGAUCACUUGAAUCAAAAUACGAAUCAACAUCGUGUGAAUAAACGUGAAGUCAGAAUUAACAGUAAAUUCAAAAUCAAUUAAAGAAAAUGGGUCUGAUCAAGCUAAUCGCCGUCGUUGUAAUUGCUUCAUUGGCAAUGCAAUCGAUAAACUCAAUACCUGUCAACGCAGGCAACUGCAAGUGUACACGUGAAUAUAAUCCUAUUUGUGGUUCGGAUGGUGUUACAUAUUCGAAUGAUUGCCUUUUCGGAUGUGAGAAACAACAAAACCAUGACCUGCAAAUUAAAUUCCACGGUGAAUGUGAUGAAGGUGCAGAUAAUCUUUUGGUUGAAGACAGCGAUUGCAUUUGUACCACGGAGCUCCUUCCCGUCUGUGGAAGUGAUGGAAAAACUUAUUCGAAUGAAUGUUCAUUGAAAUGUGCGCAACGCCAACAACGUGAUCUGACAUUGAAAUAUCAAGGAGAAUGCUCAAAAGAUCUUCCGAUUGCCGAUGAAGUGAUCGAAUUGGAUUUGGUCAUUGAAAAAUGUGCCUGUCCGCUUAUUCUAUCUCCGGUUUGUGGCUCAGAUGAAAAAACAUACUCCAAUCAAUGUGAGUUUGAUUGCGAGAAAAAACACAAUAAAAAUUUGAAAAUAAAACACAAAGGCGAUUGCAAAGAUGCAGCUCUCAUUAUACCACUUUCAACGGAAGAGUUAUUCGAAUGUGCCUGCCAUUUUAUUUACAUGCCUGUUUGCGGAACUGACGAGAAGACCUACGAUAAUCAGUGUAGUUUAAAUUGUGCCAAACGCAUGAACAAGCAACUGAAAGUCAAACACCAAGGAAAUUGUGAUGGAAUCGACAUUUUACCCGUGAAGAAAGUUCAAAAUUUACCUCUUGCAUCAGCACAAUGCAUUUGUCCAGCUAUUGAUGCACCGGUCUGUGGAUCAGAUGCAAAAACAUACUCUAAUAAAUGCCUUUUGGAAUGUGAACAUCGAACCAAUCCUGGUUUGUUUCAAAAGCACACUGGAAGCUGCUUUUAACUCGAGAUGCUUCCAACAAUUGAAACCCCAAAUCUAAAAAUGAUAUUUUAAAAUAAUGUAUAGAAUAUAAGUUAUUUAUUACAUAUAAAACCUCUGGAAGGAAAUGUGUACUUUGGAAAUAAAGGUCGAAUUAUAUGAAAUAAUCAUAA